CGUCUCCAGCUCUCUGCUCGUUCUGCUCACAGUCACAGACACUUGAGCACACGCGUACACCCAGACAUCUUCAGGCUGCUAUUGGAUUGACUUUGAAGGUUCUGUGUGGGUCGCCGUGGCUGCAUGUUUGAAUCAGGUGGAAAAACACUUCAAGGCUGGACGAAGUAAAGAUUAUUGUUGUGUUUUUUUUCUUUUUUUUUUUUUUUUUUUCUCUCUCUCUCUCUCUUAAGAAAGGAAAAUAUCCCAAGGACUAAUCUGAUCGGGUCUUCCUUCAUGAACGAAUGCAGGAAUUUGGGAACUGAGCAGUGCAAGUGCUGAAGAAGGAGAUUUGUUUGGAGGAAACAGGAAAGAGAAAGAAAAGGAAGGAAAAAAUACAUAAUUUCAGGGACGAGAGAGAGAAGAAAAACGGGGACUAUGGGGAGAAAAAAGAUUCAGAUUACGAGGAUUAUGGAUGAACGUAACAGACAGGUGACAUUUACAAAGAGGAAAUUUGGGUUGAUGAAGAAGGCUUAUGAGCUGAGCGUGCUCUGUGACUGUGAGAUCGCGCUGAUCAUCUUCAACAGCACCAACAAGCUGUUCCAGUAUGCAAGCACCGACAUGGACAAGGUGUUGCUCAAGUACACGGAGUACAAUGAGCCGCACGAGAGCCGGACAAACUCAGACAUCGUGGAGACGUUGAGAAAGAAGGGCCUUAAUGGCUGUGACAGCCCAGAUCCCGAUGCAGACGAUUCAGCCUUGAACAAGAAAGAAAACAAAGGCUGUGAAAGCCCCGAUCCCGACUCCUCUUAUGCACUCACCCCACGCACUGAAGAAAAAUACAAAAAAAUUAAUGAAGAAUUUGAUAAUAUGAUCAAGAGUCAUAAAAUUCCUGCUGUUCCACCUCCCAACUUUGAGAUGCCAGUCUCCAUCCCAGUGUCCAGCCACAAUAGUUUGGUAUACAGCAACCCCGUCAGCUCACUGGGAAACCCCAACCUUUUGCCACUGGCCCACCCUUCUCUGCAGAGAAACAGUAUGUCUCCUGGUGUAACACAUCGACCUCCAAGUGCAGGUAACACAGGUGGUCUGAUGGGUGGAGACCUCACAUCCGGUGCAGGCACCAGUGCAGGGAACGGAUAUGGCAAUCCCCGAAACUCACCAGGUCUGCUGGUCUCACCUGGUAACUUGAACAAGAAUAUGCAAGCAAAAUCUCCUCCCCCCAUGAAUUUAGGGAUGAAUAACCGUAAACCAGAUCUCCGAGUUCUUAUUCCACCGGGCAGCAAGAAUACGAUGCCAUCAGUGAAUCAAAGGAUAAAUAACUCCCAGUCUGCUCAGUCAUUGGCUACCCCAGUGGUUUCCGUAGCAACUCCUACUUUACCAGGACAAGGGAUGGGAGGAUAUCCAUCAGCCAUUUCAACAACAUAUGGUACCGAGUACUCUCUGAGUAGUGCAGACCUGUCAUCUCUGUCUGGGUUUAACACCGCCAGCGCUCUCCAUCUUGGGUCAGUAACUGGCUGGCAACAGCAACACCUACAUAACAUGCCGCCAUCCGCCCUCAGUCAGCUGGGAGCUUGCACUAGCACUCAUUUAUCUCAGAGUUCAAAUCUCUCCCUGCCUUCUACUCAAAGCCUCAACAUCAAGUCAGAACCUGUUUCUCCUCCUAGAGACCGUACCACCACCCCUUCGAGAUACCCACAACACACGCGCCACGAGGCGGGGAGAUCUCCUGUUGACAGCUUGAGCAGCUGUAGCAGUUCGUACGACGGGAGCGACCGAGAGGAUCACCGGAAUGAAUUCCACUCCCCCAUUGGACUCACCAGACCUUCGCCGGACGAAAGGGAAAGUCCCUCAGUCAAGCGCAUGCGACUCUCUGAAGGAUGGGCAACAUGAUCAGAUUAUUACUUAAUAGUUUUUUUUUUUUUUCUUGCAGUGUGUGUGUGUGCUAUACCUUAAUGGGGAAGGGGGGUCGAUAUGCAUUAUAUGUGCUGUGUGUGGAAAAAAAAAAAAGUCAGGUACUCUGUUUUGUAAAAGUACUUUUAAAUUGCCUCAGUGAUACAGUAUAAAGAUAAACAGAAAUGCUGAGAUAAGCUUAGCACUUGAGUUGUACAACAGAACACUUGUACAAAAUAGAUUUUAAGGCUAACUUCUUUUCACUGUUGUGCUCCUUUGCAAAAUGUAUGUUACAAUAGAUAGUGUCAUGUUGCAGGUUCAACGUUAUUUACAUGUAAAUAGACAAAAGGAAACAUUUGCCAAAAGCGGCAGAUCUUUACUGAAAGAGAGAGCAGCUGUUAUGCAACAUAUAGAAAAAUGUAUAGAUGUUUUGGACAGACCCGGCAAAGGGUGGCCAUUGGUAAAUGUUAGGAACGCACCAGGUCACCUAACAUCCCGAGAACGCGCUCACAAACCUGCACGCAUAUCAUUGGCGUAUGGCACUCAUUAAAAAGGAUCAACAACCAUUAAAAGAGGACCAUACCUAUUUAAAAAAAAAAAAAAAAUGUGGAGUUUGAGGGCUAACGUAUUUAAUUAAAUAAAUAAAUCUGGGU